CAAACGAGACUCGUCGCCCUCGCCCUCGGAGGAGCACCGGGACCAGUGCCUCUAUACAUUCUUAGACCUUACGAGCGGUCAGACACAUACACACAGCUUCUUCAGUGCUCACUUGCUCGUACUCCCUCCCUUCCUCCCUCCCUCCCUCCCUCCUUCUCUCUCUCCCUCUCUCUCUCUUUCUCACACUCGACCUUCUUCGUGGCUCAAGUGUUGAUAAUCACUUUCCUUGAAGUUUGCGUUCUCGAGAAGUGCCUUGUCCCGAGAGUCAGCUCUUGCUAGUCGAUUUUUCAAGUUCAAGUGGUUUAGAAUUCGAGGGUCGAUUUGGCGAAUCAGAGGUCGAUCUGCUACUGAAUUUUUGUUGGCCGAAGAAGGAAACCUAUUAACAAUCUUCCUAGUGUAGCGAAGACGCCUUUGGUUUGGAUUUCAUUCCUUAGUGACGACCGUCCCUCGUUAGAAUUGUGCAAUACCGAGUCGAUUAGUGAAGAGAGCGUUUCGCGUAAUUCAAGGUGUCCUGUGUACGUCACUCCUGACUAAGGUUGAGUGAGUGACACUUGGUAUAUGACAAACUGAGUGCAAACAUACUUUAUACUCGAUGGGCUGGUGUAAGUGAUAUAUUAGAAAUGGAAAAGUAAAACUAAGGAAAAUAAUUCUAAUGACGCGAAAAUGUCUUGUCCCCUGACAGGGACUUUUCGAGAAGAACGAUGAAUAUCCUGGUCAAGGUCACAAACUGGAGUGAUAAGAUGAAGAGGCUGGAAGAUGCCUUCUUUAUCCUUCUAGGAUUCUUCCUCUUGUCCUUUCCACGAGUUGAAGGACUCCCGGACAGUAGAACUGCAACAACUGCCGAUUUCUACAUUUGGACAGAGGAGGUGAGCCUCGCCCCUCAAGGCGAGCCCCUCCCAGAGGACUUGCCCCUUUGCAAGAAUGGAGAGGGGCAAAAUGGGUGUUUGCUUCAAUCUCAAGAGCCCAUGACAUGGAGGGAUGCCCACAAGCACUGCCGUGACCAGGACGCCUUCCUGCCCUCCCGUAACCAGUCCACGUACCUGGGUAUACAAUGGCCCAACGAAUGGGCACAGAAUAUCACGUGGACAGCGUUGACCAGUUACCUGGGGCACUACCAGUGGCUUGGACGAUCCCCUUUUGAUACCCCAGCACGCGCAGACUUCAUCACAUGGAAGGAUCCUCCGAAGAACUGGUCCACUGACUGCGCUGCCUUCGAUGUCACUUCCGGAGAGUUCCAGCUGGAGGACUGUCAGCAAAAACUCGAUUUCUUUUGCGUUGUCAACAGCGGAGAAUCUGCUGCAGACAAAUCCAUCGACUUUUCGGACGUGGAAUUGAAAGUGGAGGUCAGAGCCUCUAGGCCCAUCGAGGAAAAGUACGGCUGGAUCGAGGUCAGCCAGAAGGAUUUCAUCGACAUCGUUCUCACCUGCCAAGCAUUCAGCAAGUCCACGGGGGAGCGUCUUUCUCGUCAGCCUCACAUUUUCUGGAGAAAGGACAACGUGUACAUUGAUCACAGUACUUCGGGGCUCCAGCCAUCCACAGUUCACGACUCCUCGAAGUCGGAGUCUGUUGUCCCAGGAAUAUCUGAGAAAGUCAGUCCAAAGCAGCUGGCUCAGGGCACAUACUGGUGUGAAUCUUGGCUACCAGAGUCUGAAGAGAGACUUACAAGUAACAAAAUGCUCAUAACACUGAAGGGAUGGGUUACGCUAAUCCUCCGAGCAAACAGAUAUGAACCAAGUGAGAGAACCCAGGAGGAAAUGCAGGCUGAACUUUGCACUCUUUUUAAAAAUGCCUUUCCGGACCUUGAUACAUAUAUUUGGGAUGCUAUUUCGACGAAAAAGGAAGCUGGUGAAAAUUCCUCUCUUUGGCUGAUGAAAUAUAGAUUUCACAUUCACAUGCCAAGGAAUGAUUUGAAUCUAGUAAACUUUCAAAAUAGAGAUUUUUCGAAGCAUUUUAAAGAAAUACUUAAAAAAGCAAAUUUUCUUGAGACUUCUAAUCUCACGUUUGCAACAUUCUGCUACCAGCAGAAAGAGUCUUUUAACAGUGGAAAGGCACUGGGCUGGCCUUUCACUGAAGCAGGAAAGGUUUAUCCAAAUAAUUUUAGAUGUAAAGUAGAUUAUGGUCGAUUAUCCCCUGGCAUAUGUAAAGCUGAUUUCAACAACGGGGCAUACUUAGAUUUUGAUUCAUCUCCAUGUCAGUGGUUAGACAGGUGUCCAAUUGGUUACAAGAAUAUAAAGAACAAAUUUUGUGUUUCCUUAUCACAAAGGGAGACAUGGGAAAAGGCUUUUAAGGAAAACUACAAAACUAGUCAAGAAGAAACGAUACUAGAUAAUCCUGAAAUAUUAACUUUACCUAAAUUAUUCAGUUCUUUUAAGAAAUAUGCUAUAAAAAUGAGCAAUCAAAGUAAGUUGUGGCUUCCAGUUAAACGAGUUGGACAUUAUGGACCACUCAUCUUCCAGGGACCUGUUACUCCACAAUGGAAAAUACAAAAUUACAACGAAUUCAAUGAGUAUGGUAUAUCAUGGCUUGAGCAAAAUCCUCACAGUGACCAAGAUUGUCUUGCUUUUGAUCUAGAAACUAAAAAGCUUCAGACUUCAGAUUGUCAAGAAAAACUCCCCUUCAUAGCCGUCAUUGAUUUACAGGAUUCACCAAAACAAGGAAAGUCAUUAGCAAUGCCUAGUCCUCAAUGCACUGAUCAAGAUAGUGGAAGUUGUUUAUGUCCUCCAGGUUGGAGUACUCCUGUGUUUAAAGGAGAAAACGAGAUAUGCUUCAAAGUUUUCUCUUCCACUGAGAAUGUCACAUGGCAAAAGGCAAAUGAAUUUUGUUUGGCAAAAGGUGCUCAGCUUCCAACUCCAAAUGUGGGAUUUUUAGAUUGGGUAUACAGACAACACUUGAAUGAUAUUGGUGUUUUAUCUGUUUGGAUGGACAUAAAAUGGGUUCCAGACCGAAUAGUUUACUCUGGAACUGAAGACAACAUCAACUGGUUACCUAAUACAGACUAUAAACUCAAGUAUGGUGUGCUUCAACAAGAUGGCUGGGUUUUGGAAAACAGUGAAGUUGUGAAACAAAAUAUAAUGUGCCAGCAAAUUAUCCGGCAGAAUCUUUCUGUAGAACUGAGAGUCAAUACGCCAAAGGAUGAAGAUUCACAAACAAUGUGCAUUGAUGUAAAUCCAGAGCAACUUAUGAUGAGUGAACAGAAGGAAAAUGUACAAUGUUUUGUCAAUGGUAUUGUAUUAACCCCUGAGCAAACCAAAGAUUCUGGAUGCCAAUAUCUGUUGAAGGUAAACAGGCAGGGCUAUUAUCAGUGUCAGACCUGGACAAGACCCCCUUAUAUGUUGGUGAAAUCUAAUAUUAUUUUACACAGAGACUUCAGUACUUACACUUUUGUAGUUACCGUGAAUAAUGGAGAAGAGUAUCAUCCUGAAAAGUAUGAUGUUACAUUUCGAACAAAGAAGCAAACAAGCCAUUCGAAACGCUGUAGUGAUAUUCUCAGGAGAGAUCUUGAAACCAGUGACCUAAAUAAUUUGUUUAGGUUCAGUGAUACUUUGUCCUUCCAUACACCAAACUCAAACUUUACACAGGUGCUUCACAGCUUUCAUCUAGAAUGUGAAAUAAAAGAUGGCGUCAAAAUGAGUGAAAAGGAACUUUUGGAAGUUUUGAAAGACAGGCUAGUUAUGAGCAAAAUUUUGAAGGACAGUGGAUGUUAUUUUGAAGGAAUUAGAAGUACUGUUGGGUGCCUUAGUUCUGUAACGAUUGGUGGUACUUCAAUCCUACCAAGAAACCUAACAUGGCCUGAAACUUUUGGAAAUGAAAUUGUUACUUCAGAGGAACUUUGUAUAACUCCCGAGGGUGACCCAGUAACAAGAGAAUGUCUAGGAGACUUCAUAGAAGGGUAUUUUUGGGAGGAACCUUCCCAUAAUUGUAGUGGUGAUCCUUCAAAUGUUACAAAGAGCCUGUGGGAAAUAAACAGGGGUAUCGUAGAUUCGGCAGUUAGUGCAACCUUGGCAAACCUCACUGCUAACAAGUCAUCGCUUUUGCCAGUGGAUAUAUAUUUUGUUGCAAAAGCUUUGCAGAGUCUCUCAGAGGGGAAAGAUUCGAUUUACCAUUUUGAUGACAUCGUGACUAUCGUCAGCAAUAUUAUGGGGGCAAAUGCCACUGCAUUUGAACUAAUACAGAAAAAGCUAAACUCUACAAGUACUCUUUUAGAGGCCUUUGAGGACCUAACUUUCAAAGUGAAGCUGCCAGAAGCUGAUGGAGACCAAAUCAAGAAAUCAUCAGGAGAUUGCAUUGUAGUUGACCGCCUUGACUUGGAGGCAAAUUCUACCAUUAUAGGGCUCAAAUCAAUGGGUAAUUCUGAAGAAUGGUUACACAUGGGAUUCAAAAAGGAAGACCUUGAAAAUGCUGAAGUUGCUAUCAUACUUCCAAACAACCUAACGUACACAGUUUCUGCUAAGACUGUACGGGAACCAGAGAACAUGAAUUUCAGUGGAAGGAAAGAAAAGGUAUCAUUAGCAUUUGCCAUCUACCAAAAUGAAAAAUUUUUCCAGGAUAGUACUCAUGAAAAUUAUUCUGUGAAUAGCCAUAUAAUCAUGGCUUCAUAUAAAGGAGAAGUGAUUAACGAUCUUGAGGAGCCAGUGAAGAUUCUGUUUAAGCCCAUGAAAACCGGUAAUGAUACAAAAUGUGUAUAUUGGGAUUUCUUGCUCAACGAUAAACGCGGUGGAUGGUCAGAGAGGGGCUGCAUGAAAGGAGAACGCCAAGGGCAACAUGAUGUUUGUCUCUGCAACCACCUUACCAAUUUUGCACAACUGAUUAAUUAUAAUGAGGACAGUGGCUUUGAAGGGACUCAUGCUUUGGUUCUAGAUAUAAUAACAAUUAUUGGUUGUUGUUUAUCAAUAUUAGGUCUUCUUUUGAUAUUCGCUACUUUCUGUGUCUUCAAAAAAUGGCGUCGAUCCCUGAGUAAUAAGAUAUUAGUGAACCUUUCUUUCUCAGUUUUCUGCAGUAUGGUCAUCUUCCUGGCAGGAAUCAAUCAAACGUGGAAUGACCAGCUCUGUCGGAGUGUGGCCGUUGGCCUUCACUACUUUAUAUUGGCUUCAUUUGGUUGGAUGCUGGUUGAAGCUGUCCACCAAUAUCUGAAAUUUGUCAAAGUUGUCGGUACAUACAUUCCCAGAUUCUUGUGGAAAGCCUCAGUGUGUGCCUGGGGUAUUCCAGUGUUACCCAUCUUGAGCGUGCUUAUUUAUGAUCACUCACUCUAUGACAGUGGGGAUGAUUACAAUAGUGAUUACAGAAUAUGUUGGAUGUCUGUUCAAGGAUUCAAGUAUGCUUUUCUUCCACCAUUAGCUUUAACAAUGACUGUUAAUAUUAUUAUGUACAGUCUGAUCAUCCAUGGUGCCAUUUGUGGACGAGCACGAGUCAACUCAACAAUGUCUGAAAGAGCCUUGUUUAUGAAUCAGCUAAGAAUGGCAGUCUGUGUGUUCUUCUUACUUGGAUUUACCUGGAUAUUUGGACUUUUGGCGGUCAGUCAGUUACGUCAGGUUUUCUCUUACCUGUUUUGCAUAUUCAACACUUUACAAGGGUUUUUCCUAUUUCUUUGUCACAUCUGCCGUGAACAAGGGGCUAGAAAGUACUGGAAAGACUUCUUAUCUGUUCUAACAAAAGACCCGGUGUCAUCAACGCCUGGGAAUUCUUUUAAUCAAAUUAAUUCACCCUACCUCCGAGGGCAUCCAGACAGCGUCUCCUUUGACAAGUGUGGUGGCAUUUUGGUUCUACCACAAGGGCCUCCACUACGACACCUAAGGAGAGCAAGGGGUAGUCUUCUAUCUGCCCAAACUAAUUCGACUCUGCUGCAGUCAAGAAUAAGUUUUAGUCCAUAAGUACGGAAAUUCCAGUAACUCAGGCUUUUAAAUAAGAAAAAAAUGAAACUUAUGGGUAACGCAAGAAAAGAAUAGCGUGAAAAGAAAUUGAUGUAUUGAUAUGGAAAAGAAAGUUCUUUUACAGAAACUGAUUUUUCGAAGGUACGAGACGAAAGAGAGGUCAUGAGAGAAUCUAUUUUCUGGUGAAUACUUGUAAAUAAAUUUGAUUUCUUCAUAAUGAAGUUUUUGUUAGUUAUGUUAUGACAGAUCAAGAAAUCAUUAUUCUUAUGGUUUCAGUCUUAAAGUGAGUAAGUAAGAAAAUCAGUUGUUUUUACUUGUUGAUCAUAAAUGUUUUUUUUACUCGGUUCAUUAUUGUAUAUAGACAUUGAUACAUUUCAUCUUAUGAGUGUGAGAUGUAUAAGAAUACGUACACUUCAAACUUACGUUUCGAUGCUCAGGGCUAUGCUUUGUGUGUGUCUUGUAUGUAUAUAUGUUUGGAGAUGUUUAAUAACAAAACAUUCACCAGAUGAAGUAAUCUCUAUGAGAAUUUUACAUCACUGAUGUCGUUUUGUAUAUGGGCACGUGACCCUUCAGAAAAUUAUGCUAUUAUAAGUUAAAUAAUAACUGAUUAUAUAAGAUUUUUAUGAUUACUUCAAAUUUGUGCUUGGAGGAUUAGUCGUGAUAUAUUAU